UCCACCUGCAUUGUGAGGCUUUAGGAGAGGUAGUUAAGAAAGUAGAGAGAUAAUGAUCUCUCCGCCCCCGAGGCAGCACUAAUGGGUCUUCUCUGAGGAUAGUACUAACAAGUGGAGCCACCGGCUAACUCUGGACCCCAGGACCAAAUGGCCACGACCCCGACAAGUUGCCGUGGUGACCUGGACCCCAGGUACCACAGACUUUGUGAUACGGGUGUAGUUUGGGGCAUCGUCUUGGAAGCAGUGGCCGCGGUUGGGGCUGUGACCUCAGUGGCCUUCAUGCUCGCUCUCCUGGUCCUCAUCUGCAAGGUGCAAGACUCCAACAAGCGGAAGCUGCUCCCGGUCCAGUUCCUCUUCCUCCUGAGUGUGCUGGGGGUGUUCGGCCUCACCUUUGCCUUCAUCAUCAAACUGGACAGGAGCACGGGGCCCACACGCUUCUUCCUCUUUGGCGUCCUCUUCUCCCUCUGCUUCUCCUGCCUCCUGGUUCACGCUUUCAACUUGACGCAGCUGGUCCGCGGCAGGAAGCCCCUCUCCAUGCUGGUGAUGCUGGGCCUGGCUGUGGGCUUCAGCCUGGUGCAGGACAUCAUCGCUGUGGAAUAUCUCAUCCUCACCAUGAACAGAACCAACACUGAAAUCUUCGCUGAGCUUUCUCCUCCUCGGCGCAAUGAAGACUUCGUCAUGCUGCUCAUCUUUGUCUUCUUCUUGAUGGCGCUGACCUUCCUCACAUCCUGCUUCACCUUCUGUGGGUCCUUCACUGGCUGGAAGAGACAUGGGGCCCACAUCUACCUCACCACGCUCCUCUCCAUUGCCAUCUGGGUGGCAUGGAUCACUUUGCUCUUGAUCCCUACCCCCGACCCCAUGUGGGAUGACACCAUCCUCAGCUCAGCCUUGGUGGCCAAUGGCUGGGUUUUCCUGUUGGUUUAUGUUGCACCCGAGUUUCAGCUGCUCACAAAGCAACAGAACCCCAUGGAUUACCCUGUUGAGGAUGCUUUUUGUAAACCUCAAUUCAUGAAGCAGAGCUAUGGUGUGGAGAACAGAGCCUACACUCAAGAAGAAAUCACUCAAGGCCUUGAAGAGCUAGGUGAUACGGUCUAUGCUCCUUAUACCACCCACUUUCAGAUGCAGAAUCGGACCCCCCAGAAGGAUUUCUCCAUUCCACGGGCCCAGACUCGGGUUAGCCCUUACAAUGACUAUGAAGGAAGAAAAAACGGCAGCUAGCUGUUCUGAAGAUGGGGUGUGCACAAAUCCGCAGAACUAACGGGGAGUUUGCGGGAUGUGGGCUCAAUCCUGAGGCUUCCAAAGAAACCAUAUGAGCCGUGGUGGGAAGACCGGCCUCCCCGCCAGCCUCAGCACCCGUUCUUCUGUCCCGGAGUUGCUGGGGCUCACGAGGCUCUGUCUCAGCAGCACCGUGGUUUCCCCUUGUCCCAUACUUAGGAUGCUUCUUCUAGGCGGGGGUCUCAGCAACUCAGGGUUCCCUCUCACUCUCCUGUCACUUUAUAUGUGACCAGGGCUCUGGUCAUCUAACUGUCCUGGCUCAUUCAACUCCAGGAGCCAAUAUUCAACGCUGGUUAUGUAAGGAUUGCUCAGCCCAGAGAAGACCUACAAAUCUGAGCAAAAAUUGCAAAGGCCUGUCUCUCAGCCCCACCCUGCCGAAAUCUACACUGGAAGCCAACUUCCUGGCACCCUCCCUUCUUACCUGGGUAGGAGAGGCUAAAGAUCACCCUAAAUUUACUCAUCUCUGUGGUGCUGCCUAACACAGGGCUUCUGUGGGUCCCUGGCACCAACUCAGCUCCCCCCUUGUACCUUGUAUCACUCCCAAGC